AGGAUCUCUGAAGACAAAAACCUCAAACCCUUAAAAUCAUUUCCUUCUUCUUUUUCCUGAUGAGUCUUUCUCUGAAUAGAUUAUUGAAUUCGCGUUCUGGGUUUCCUUGGAAACGGCUUUUUGGCCAUUUCUUCUCCUCAACAGCUGCCCACACCAGAUCUUUCUCACUGUACAGGAGGAUGUCCCCACUCUACUGGAGGAUUUCCCCACUAGGCGAUUCUAAGAUUUCCAUGGUUCCAGUCCUUGAUGAAUGGGUACAAAAAGGAAGGACGGUAAAUGAAGAAGAGCUUCGGGACAUUAUCCAGAAAUUGAAUCAUUACAGGCGCUUCAAGCAUGCUCUCGAGAUAUCUCAAUGGAUGAGUGACAAAAGGUACAUUCCCCUGAUGCCCAGAGACAUUGCCCUCAGGAUGAACUUGAUCUUAAAAGUUCAUGGCCUAGAACAAGUAGAGAAUUAUUUUAACAACAUCCAUAAAAAUUUGAAAACCUACCAGGUUUAUAUUGCUCUUCUCAACUGCUAUGCUCUAGAGAAAUCUGUGGACAAAGCAGAAGCCAUCAUGCAGAGGUUGAGGGAUUUGGGUUUUGUUAGGACAGCACUAGGUUACAAUACUUUGAUGAAUGUCUAUUAUCGCAUGGGAAAUUGGGAGAAACUAGACAUCCUGAUGCAUGAAAUGGAGGAAAAGGGUAUCUUCUGUGACAAAUUUACCCUCGCCAUCCGACUGAGUGCAUAUGCAGCUGCCUCCAACAUCGUGGGAAUAGAUAACAUUGUGACAAGGAUGGAAUCGGAUCCCCGGAUUAUUCUAGAUUGGAAUAGUUAUGCAGUUGUAGCACAUGGAUAUUUGAAAGUUGGUCUGGUAGACAAGACUUUGGUAAUGAUGAAGAAAUUGGAGGAGCUGAUAGAUGCCAAAGGAAGUAAUGUUGCAUUUGAUAAUCUCCUCAAGCUAUACGCAGAAACUAGGCAGAGAGAUGAGUUGGACAGGGUUUGGAUGCUUUACAAGAAAAAGGAGAAAAUUUACAACAAGGGCUAUAUGGCCAUGAUAAGCUCGCUGUUGAAGUUUGAUGACAUUGAUGCUGCUGAGAAGGUUCUUGAGGAGUGGGAAUCCCGGAGAUUAUCCUACGAUUUCCGGGUUCCAAACUUCUUGAUUGAUGCAUAUUGCAGAAAAGGUCUUACAGAGAAGGCUGAGGCCCUUGUAAACAAGAUACUUACGAAAGGUGGCAAUCCUUUGGUUGAUACUUGGUUUUAUUUAGCAAAUGGUUAUCUUGAAGACAGUCAAAUUCCAAAAGCAGUGGAAGCAUUGAAGAAAGCAGUCGUGGUUUGUCCUCCCAAUUGGAAACCCAGCAAGAAUACUUUGGCAACUUGUUUGGAAUAUUUGGAAGGGAAUAGAGAUGUGGAAGGAGCAGGUGAGUUCAUAAGGUUCCUGCAAAAUGAGGGUAUUUUCUCAGUGGGUGUUUGCAAAAGAUUACUAAGUUACAUUGAGAAUGGAAAACCCCAACCCAACAGGCUUGGUGAAAUAGAAGGGGAUGUUUAGUCACGGAAGUGGAGAUACAUGGAAUCACAGAGCCAAGCAGAAGUGCAUGAUGAAAUUUUGAAGCAUUCCUUUUAUGGAUUUCAGAAGUCAAAAGCUUAGGUAGCUUAACUCAGUGUUUGUUCUGACAUUGUUGUGCCAGAAAAAGAUCCUCAAGGCACAAGGCGUCCUAAUUUAAUCAUGCAGGUAUGGUUAACUUACAAAAUCUUGGAUGUACUUCAGUAGUUUCAUUUUUUUUUUUUUUUUUCCCAACAAAACUUCAUUCCAUUAUUCCAUUAUAUCCAGGAGGCACACAUUUGUGUUUUUUUUUUAA